CUCCACCUUGCAUGUUUUUUAGGGUUCCGUCGUACACAGGAUACGACGACGGCGGUAGUGGUGAAUAGUGACGACGACCGCGGCGGUAUUAGUGAACAACGCCGGCGACUUAGCAGCGGCUGGCCCUGCAGGUGUGGAUGGUCUUGACGGUGGUUCAACAUGAUUGGCACCACCAGCGCCAAUUUCAGACAAUCGGAACCGCUGGAACCCUUAUCGACUAGAGAAACCGCCAAAAGUUCUUCGCUACAUGUGUCCUUAAAUGUGGAACAUUUUGAGGGGAUGCGUGUCGAUUUUACCAAGUUUCUCAAUCAGAGGUUCUCACUAACUCACAGCACCCUCAUGGGACCCACGGAGAUUCCUUCUCAAUAUGCUGAAAUAAUAAAAAUUCCGACUGCACACUAUGCUUUUGGUGCUAACUUUAUGCAUCCAAAGUUGAUGCUUUUUGGAAGGGUUUUGACCGAUGGGCAGGUCAACUCUGGAAUCAAAUGGGACUCAUCGGAUAAUCUUAGCAUGAAUGUCGAUGCUCAGAUGCCAUCCCUACUAGAAAAGCAAUGUACUUGCAAAUAUAUAUUGCAGAAAAUGGAUGGACCAAAUGUUUUGCAGCGACAGGCUAUGUUGGAUGGACUUCAUAAGUUUGGUACUUGGGUCUUUAUUUAGUUUUUGUCGAGUUGGGCAUCUACUGGAUGCACAUAGAGUCACAUGAUGUCAAACCUCUAUACAAGUGGCUCCAUGCCAUUCAUCAUAUCUACAAUAAUCAAAAUACAUUUCCCUUUCUUUCUUUAUUUGUAAACAAGAAAGCUUCAAGAUAUAGAUAUUUAAUGAUGGUUAUACUUUUUUUAUUAGGAAUGGAAUUCCGCCCUAUAGACAGCACAUUGCGUUAUUAUUGAUGGAAGCUAUCUAUAUAGCAAACAUUCACGACUGCAUUCAUGGGAAGUUAUGGCCAGUAAUGGGUGUAGGGUACCACAUAAUUCAUCACACCACUAAUCACUAUAGCUAAGUUUAUAGGUCAACUUUAGCUCUUUUUGCUCAAAAAGUCAUGAUUGUACACAUGUUCCUGUAUUAGGUGUGUUUAAGAACAAAUGUAGUAACCAGAUAUAAUAAAUGA